UAGCAGUGGGGCCGAGCUUGGGGGGCUCCCCCCUAGCAGUGGGGAGCUCCCCCUGGCAGCGGAGCCGACCCCAAGGGGCACCCCCGUAGAUACGGGGCCAGGCCCAAAGGGGACCCCCACGGCAGAGGGGCCGAGGCUGCAGGUCUCAGGCCUGGUCCUGCUGCGGAGCCCCAGGCCGCGUAGCACCGGCCUGGCUGGCGCAGGCUGCCCCGUGCCGGGGACGUCGAGCCUCGCGGCGUGCCUUGGAGAGCCGGCGCCGUGGCCCUCGGGUGCUGAGCGUCGCUGUCGUCGUGGAGGAGACCCCGGCGGGCGUCGGAGCGGAGACGGGAGCUGCCCCCCAGGAGCUGCGGUGCCUGCCCUCGUCGCUGCGCUGGCGUACUGCUACAUCAGGGACCACAUGUCCAAGGAAGAUGCUCUGCUGGAAGCUGCGAGGAUCAACAACGUUUCGGAAGUCAACAGGUUAUUGCUGGAAGGCACAGACGUGAACGCGAGGCACAAGCUUGGCUGGACUGCUCUCAUGGUGGCAGCUAUCAGCAGAAACUCCAGUGUGGUGAAGAUCCUGCUCGCAGCUAAUGCAGAUCCAAACCUUGGAGAUGAUUUCAGCAGCGUGUAUGAGACUGCCAAGGAAAAAGGCCUCCAUUCUUUAGAAGUCCUUGUAACCCGGGAGGACGACUUCAACAACCGCUUGAACAUCCGAGCCAAUUUCAAGGGCUGCACGGCUCUGCACUACGCGGUACUGGCUGAUGACUACCUGACGGUCAAAUUGCUGCUGGAUGGAGGUGCCAACCCCCUGCAGAAGAACGAAAUGGGACAUACACCCCUGGAUUAUGCCCGCGAAGGGGAGGUCAUGAACCUUCUGAAAGCGUCGGAGACGAAGUUCCAGGAGGAGCAGCGCAAGAGGGAGGUGGAGGAACGCCGGAGGUUUCCGCUGGAGCAACGGCUAAAAGAGCACAUCAUCGGUCAGGAGAGCGCGAUAGCGACGGUGGGAGCAGCUAUUCGGAGGAAGGAAAAUGGCUGGUAUGAUGAGGAGCACCCGCUGGUCUUUCUAUUCUUGGGAUCAUCUGGAAUAGGUAAAACGGAGCUGGCCAAGCAGACAGCCAAGUACAUCCAUAAGGAUGUCAAAAAGGGUUUCAUCAGACUGGACAUGUCAGAGUUCCAGGAGAGGCACGAGGUCGCCAAGUUUAUCGGCUCUCCGCCUGGCUAUGUGGGCCAUGAAGAGGGCGGGCAGCUCACCAAAAAGCUGAGGCAGUGUCCAAAUGCCGUGGUGCUCUUCGACGAGGUUGACAAAGCCCACCCGGAUGUCCUCACCAUCAUGCUGCAGCUGUUCGAUGAGGUAAAUCCGCGUUUCAGGGUCGGAGUUUGCACGGGGGCCGUUCGGAAGGUGACAGUGAGUGGUGCAAGGGACGAACGGCGGCAGGAGACAUCCUGGAGCGGAGCUGAAAUGCUCCAGAUCAAUAAUCCCUUCCAAAAAAUGUGA